CACAUAUUAUAGAGAGAGAAAAUAAAAAAGUUGUAGUGAGAGAGAGGAGGGGACUGUUAAGAAAAUUGACACUAUCUUUUUUAUCAAAAAUUGAACCGCAAAGCAAUAAUGAUGGGUGAUACAUAUUGCCCAGAUUGUAAGAGAAACACCGAGGUGGUGUGUGACCACUCGGCCGGAGACACUGUGUGUUCGGAGUGUGGGUUGGUCCUGGAGGCCCACUCCAUCGACGAGACGUCGGAGUGGAGGACCUUCGCGAAUGAGUCCGGUGACAACGACCCGGUCCGAGUUGGUGGGCCCACCAAUCCGCUGCUCGCCGACGGUGGUCUUUCGACCGUGAUCUCGAAGCCCAAUGGGGCCACCGGUGACUUCUUGUCGUCGUCGUUGGGACGAUGGCAGAACCGGGGGUCUAGCGCCGAUAGGUCCCUUGUAAAUGCCUUCAAGGCCAUCGCCACCAUGUCCGACAGGUUGGGUCUUGUUGCAACCAUCAAGGAUCGAGCAAAUGAGAUAUAUAAAAAGGUUGAAGAUCAAAAACCUCUUAGAGGACGAAAUCAGGAAGCAAUUUUGGCUGCUUGCCUCUAUAUUGCUUGUCGACAAGAGGACAAACCCCGCACUGUAAAAGAAAUAUGCUCCAUUGCCAAUGGAGCCACAAAAAAGGAGAUCGGCCGUGCAAAAGAGUUCAUUGUGAAGCAACUGGAAGUGGAGAUGGGUCAGUCCAUGGAAAUGGGAACUAUUCAUGCUGGGGACUUCUUGAGACGCUUUUGUUCCCAUCUGGGCAUGACAAAUCAAGCAGUUAAGGCAGCCCAAGAAGCUGUGCAAAAAUCUGAAGAGCUUGAUAUAAGGAGAAGCCCAAUUUCCGUGGCAGCAGCUGUUAUAUACAUUGUAACUCAAUUGUCUGAUGACAAAAAGCUUCUCAAAGAUAUUUCGCUUGCUACCGGAGUCGCUGAAGGGACAAUAAGGAACUCUUAUAAGGAUCUCCACCCUUAUGCUUCAAGGCUGAUACCGAGCUGGUAUGCUAAGGAAGAAGACCUCAGGAACCUCUGCAGCCCUUGAAAUUCUGGUCGUGGCGGCUACUAUUGCAGCCUUUAGAUUUUUGUUGCUGCUUCUGUUACUUAAAGACGCUAAAGAACUAUUGCUCCUUUUUCUUUCAUGUUUCUCAAUGCACUUCCUUACAAGUAAAUAUGUCAGCUUAUAACUUAAACUAAUCUGCUUCUGAGUCAUAUCUGUAGUGUCAUUCGGGACUAGCUGCAGGCAUUAACAGCAUCUUUGUAUACACUGCCAAGGCUAAAUACUGAUGUUAUAAGUUGUUAUUAAUGUCUUAAGAGAGUUCCCUUUGUAGCACAA